AUGGCCGACCAGAUAUUAGACAAGGUUAGAGAGGUUGCUGAGGGUCAGAUUGACUUUGAAGGACAGCGAUUGGCAGAAUUUCUCGCAACGGCGCUGCUGGCUAUUGUUGGAGUUAUUUCAUUCAUCGUGGGCUUCUUCAUUCAGGAUAUCAAGCUGGCACUAUUCCUCGGAUUGGGUGGAACUGCCCUGACCUUCGCCCUUGUCGUACCUCCCUGGCCGUUCUUCAAUCGACAUCCGGUUAGAUGGCUACCAGUAGGAAGUGAGGUAUCUUCUCAGAGCAUCGUGGUGGAUGGCAAGUUUAUAGGAUGA